CUGGUGAUGGCAACAUCGCUUCUUGUCGAGGCACAAGAUUUAACCAUCCGCUGGAACAACAGCGGCCAAAAAUUGGGUACCCGCCUCUCUCUAUGGGCGGCAAACUUUUAUACAUAGCAAAGCAGUAUCAGUGUUUAAGUGUCGUUCGGUAAUUUUCUUAAUUUAAUCACCUGAUUGUCAGUUCUUUUCAAUGUUUGUGCACAAUUGUCUGUGAUGGUCAUCAACCCUGUUUGUUUUUAAUUAAAAAAUGCGAAAAACCUGGAAAAAGCCUGUAAUUACAUAGGACAGGACAACAGUCCUCGUCAGUCAUGCUCAUCAAAGAAUAUCGUAUUCCUCUACCGCUUACGGUAGAGGAAUACAGGAUUGCUCAGCUCUACAUGAUAGCGAAAAAAAGCAGGGAAGAAAGCAGUGGAGCUGGGAGUGGUGUCGAAAUUCUUAUAAAUGAACCGUAUAAAGAUGGACCUGGCGGACAAGGACAAUAUACCAAGAAAAUUUAUCACGUAGGAAGUCAUUUACCAGGAUGGAUCAAAGGAAUAUUACCAAAGACAGUGUUAAUGGUGGAAGAAGAGGCGUGGAAUGCGUACCCAUAUACAAAAACAAGAUACACAUGUCCUUUUGUGGAAAAAUUUUCUCUAGAAAUUGAGACAUAUUAUUUUCCUGAUAAUGGACACCAAGAAAAUGUAUUCAAGUUAACUGGAAGCGAUUUUCGAAACCGGAUCGUAGAUGUAAUCGACGUAGUAAAGGAUCAACUUUACGGAGCUGAUUAUGUACAGGAAGAAGAUCCACAAUAUUAUAUAUCUGAAAAAUCUGGAAGAGGACCUCUCAAUGCUGAAUGGUUAGAGGAAUAUUGGGAUGAAGUUAAAGGCAAAGAACAACCGUUACCAAGCGGGAAAUCUUUGAUGUGUGCUUAUAAGUUAUGUAGAGUCGAAUUCAGAUAUUGGGGCAUGCAAACCAAAAUUGAAAAAUUUAUUCACGACGUUGCUUUACGAAAAACUAUGUUGCGAGCACACAGACAGGCUUGGGCUUGGCAAGAUGAAUGGCAUGGAUUAACAAUGGCAGAUAUAAGAGAAAUCGAAAAACAAACACAACUUGCUCUAAAAAGAAAAAUGGGCCAGAUUGAAGAUGAAAUAGAUGAGGAUGACAACUUAAAUAAUAGUACAUCUAAGGAAGAUCCUGGCAAAACAUUGGCUGCCACUCUAGGCAGUAUAGAGGUAUCAGAGGACAGCCCUCUGCUAAGCAAAAACAACAACAUACCAACCAUUCAAACAGCAACCAGUUCGGAUGCAGAUUUAUCCCCAGAAGAAGAUAUGAAAUUAACAUUAAAGCGUGAAGAUAAAUGGCAACCAUCAAGAGGAUUGCAUUCACCAAGCUCAUCUUCCGUAAAAAGUUUUGAUUUACAAGUUGCUAAUUGGAGAAUUGAAAGCUUAGGAAGAGAUUCAGAGUCUGCAUCUGAUGAAGAAUUUUUCGACUGCGAAGACAUAGCAGAUUCAUCAUCAUUGGCAAAGUGGAGUUCAUUAGAUCUUUUAGUUGAAGAAGAUGACUCGACCUCUCCAACUGUUGUAAUAGAGAGAAAUGAUGACAGUAUAUUUUCUCCAACAUUCCUACAAAGAGUGGCUAGUGAAAGAAGUAACAGGAAGGCGCUACACAGAGGAAAAGUAAAUUCACUUGAUGCUUCAUGUCCAGAAUCUCCCAGCGCUUCUCCUGCUCAUCUUCCAUGUAAUACUACAGUAUUAUUGUUAGUUCUUCAUGCAGGAAGUGUUUUAGACGCAAAUGUGGACAUGACUGCAAAGAAGUCUGAUGUGACCACAUUUCGAGGAGCAUUUGAAUCAGUUAUGCGCCAGCAUUAUCCUUCUUUGGUAGGUCACAUUGCAAUAAGAUUAGUAUCUUGUCCAUCCAUAUGUACAGAGGGAUUGGCAAUACUUUCAAGUUUAAGUCCCUAUAGUUUUGACGUAUCCCCGUCCUGUCUAGACGUACCGCAAGUUACUCAUGAUUCCAUUCCUAUUGGUGCUAUUCCUGUUUUGGCUACAUCUACUCAUGACUACCAAGAUGCUGUGUCAAGGACAAUCAAUGCUGCAAAUACAGCAUAUCAAGACUUUAUUAAAUCCGAGGAAGGUCAAGGAUUUACAGGACAAAUUUGCUUUGUCGCCGACUCAAUCGGUUCUAUUUUGGGUUAUGAUGCUCUUUGCCGCACCACAAAAUACGCUUCAAGACAUGGAAGUGAAAACAGCAUAUUAGAUAAUGAUGAUUGUGGACGAGAUGAAGUACAGGUAAACGAAACAGGUCAUUUGAUAGCACCUUCACCUCGUAGAAGGUCUUCAUCCACCAGCGAUCCGUCAGGACAAAUUAAAUUGGAUUUUGAUGUGUCAGAUUUCUUUAUGUUUGGAAGUCCUUUAGCAUUAGUUCUUGCAUAUAGAAAAAUAUCUGCAUCUGAUGAAAAAACCAAUAAUAUAACCCGUCCAAGUUGUUUACAAGUUUACAAUAUGUUCCAUCCAACUGAUCCUGUAGCUGCAAGAUUGGAACCUCUUUUGUCUGCUCGUUUUUCAAUAUUACCGCCGGUUAACGUUGCACGAUACGCCAAAUAUCCGUUAGGAAAUGGUCAGCCUUAUCAUCUGCUUGAAAUACUUCAAACAAAUCCCCAAAUAUUUAGUGAUAACGCUCAACCACGCCGUUUAUCUGAAGUAUCAAUUCAGAGUACCGUUUCUGGAAUUAUUGAUAAUAUUCCUCUGCAAGCUAUUAACACCCUUCAGCAAAAGUGGUGGGGUGGAAAGAGAAUGGACUAUGCUCUGUAUUGUCCAGAGGGUUUAUCUAAUUUUCCCACCAAUGCACUGCCACACUUAUUCCAUGCCAGUUACUGGGAAAGUUGUGACGUGAUCGCUUUUAUUUUACGUCAAGUUGGGGGAAUUGAAGUCACACCCUUAACUGGCACUGAAGAUAGAGAACCGAGCUUUAAACCUGGUCAACCGAGAGAGAAAUGGAACAAAAAGAGGACUUCCGUUAAAGUAAAAAAUGUUGCGGCAAAUCAUCGUGCUAACGACGUUAUUGUUAAGGAAGGCGCUCCUCAAACUUUGGUUGCCCGUUUCAUGUACGGUCCUUUGGACAUGAUAACAUUAACUGGUGAAAAAGUGGAUAUCCACGUAAUGAGAGACGUACCAAGUGGUGAAUGGAUACAAAUAGCAACGGAAAUAACUGACAAAACUGGACGCGUUACAUAUACAAUACCCGAUGACAAAUCAUUAGGAUAUGGAUUAUUUCCUAUUAAAAUGGUAGUUCGUGGUGACCAUACGUCUGUCGAUUUCUUUUUAGCUGUUGUUCCUCCGAAAACCGAAUGUGUAGUAUUCAGCAUAGAUGGAUCCUUUACAGCUAGCAUGUCUGUCACUGGAAGAGAUCCAAAAGUUAGAGCAGGAGCUGUGGAUGUAGUAAGACAUUGGCAGGAGUUGGGUUACCUAAUUAUAUAUACCACAGGUCGUCCCGAUAUGCAACAUAGAAGAGUUGUGUCUUGGUUGUCACAACAUAAUUUCCCUCAUGGAUUAAUAUCGUUUGCAGAUGGAUUGUCAACAGAUCCUCUGGGUCACAAGGCCGCCUAUCUUAAAAAUUUAAUAGAGAAACAUGGAUUAGUGAUAUAUUCUGCAUACGGCAGUGCGAAAGAUAUCAGUGUAUACACAUCAUUGGGACUAAAGCAGAAGCAAAUAUUCAUCGUAGGCAAAGCUUCCAAGAAACAGGCUGGCCAGGCCACAAUCUUAACUGAAGGAUAUGCAGCUCACUUAACUAUGCUUAUGUCGUAUGGCGGCACCAGGCCUGCGCAAGGCAACGCUAGAAUGGUGAUUCCUAGAGGAUACUUUGGACUUCCUGGUCAGGGAUUUUCCAGGAGAAGAAGAUCGGCAAAGAGGGCAACAUCUUAUCCCAUCUCAACGGACAUUCCGCAAACCAUUGAAAGAUCAUUAAGUACAAGACGAUAUCAAUUACCUAAACCAACCGUAACAAUUGGAAACCACGGUUCCACAUAAUCCGACAUUGACAGUUAAAUUAGUUAGAUACAUAUAGUACUAUUAGAUCUUGCCGUUUAUAUUUUUCUACUUAUAAAGUUUUCAAUAUUCGUAUGGUUGUAUUUGAGAACAUUAAUUUAAAAAAUUUGUUUGAUAUGACGUAUUCAAGUGUAGGGUUUAUAGUUAGUGGUAUUACAUAAUGGUACAAAUGUUGUUAGUAAAUAAUAGAAUUAUAAUAGAAUAACAAAUAUAGAUUAUUUAUUUGGUACAUACUACAAAAUUGUUGAUUUAUAAAAUCCAUACACUUGAAACAAAGUCGUUAAAUUAUAUUUAUAUACCAGAAUAUAUAUCUAAUCUAAUAAAUUUAAAUAAAUAAAAUUGUAUACAUUGAUACAAUAUAAAAAUAUGUUUUUGGUUAUUGUUGAUGUCUAUUAUAAAUAUGUUUGUUACUUAUAUUGUGAUUCCUACUUUAAAAUUUUUGUUAUUACAUUAACCAUUAUUUAGAGCUUUUAAUUAAAGUUAGAAUUUUAGAGUAGCAGCAAAAAUAUAAAUUUCAUUCUUUAAAUAAGAGAACUAAAUAUGGCUUAAUGUUUUAUGCUUAACUCUUUGUAAACCAUGUAUUAUGUGUACAUAUUUGUUGUAUAAACUGAAUAUAGAUGAUAUAUUUAAUAUAUGAUAGUAUAUAUUUUAUAAUCAACAUGUGUUAAAAACAUAACAUUUAAAGAGCAACUAAUUAAUUUUUUUAUUACUAUUAUAUAUUAUUGGAAUAUCCACACACAUGUCACCCAAUUUUAAUCCUAAGCGUAAAGUUGUUCGUUGAUUUAUUGCACCGUGUGUGCAAAUUUUCAUCGUAUUUCUUAAUACUGAAGCUUUAUAAAUACAUUUAUUUUGUUACAAGCUGUUAUUUCAACGAUAAUGGUAUCGCAUUUUGAAGAAAAUUAUAUUGUGUUUUCAAAAAAGUAUUUCUUAAUGGAUUGAAACAUUGUAAUUAACGUAGGUUGUGAUAGUUUAUAAAGAUUUUAUGUAUAUUUCAAUAUUUACAUGUAUAUAUGUAUGAAGGCGUUGUUGCAAUAAAGUGGCAAAAUUAAAAAUAUA